ACACAAGCCUUGCUCUUAUUCCCGGCCAGGAGUACCAUGUUCCUGCAAAGGCUUCCAAUUUCAGCUGAGAAUAUAACUCCUCUUCCCAAACCUCACACUCUUUCUUCUUCUCCUCGUUCCCAAACACACCGAUACCCUUCCCUUCCCAGUGUUACCAAUCUUCGAAGUCGCACUCUCGCCCUCGCUUCGCAAAAAGCGGCCGUCGAGGUUCCGGGCGAGUCAAGCGACGGAGCCGUCGGGUCCAAACUCUCGCGGGAGCCGGAGCCGUUGCCGCCUGAGCUGCGACCGGACCUGAUACCGAAGCACGUGGCGGUGAUUAUGGAUGGAAACGGGAGGUGGGCUAAGAUGCGAGGGUUGAUGCCGUCGGCGGGUCACGAAGCCGGCGUGCGGUCGCUGAGGAGGAUUAUCGAACUAUGUUGUAGUUGGGGGAUUAAGGUUCUGACGGUUUUCGCCUUUUCUUAUGAUAAUUGGGUUCGUCCAAAGGUGGAGGUUGAUUUUUUGAUGAGCCUCUUUGAAAGAACAAUAACCACAGAAAUUGAUGCUUUCAAGAGCGAAGGAAUUAGAAUUUCUGUAAUAGGAGACACAACAAAACUCCCAGAUUCUCUACAGAGAAUGAUAAAAUAUGCCGAGGAAAACACAAAGGAAAGCUCUGUAUUCCAGUUGAUAGUGGCAGUUAGCUACAGUGGCAAAUACGACGUCGUGCAGGCAUGUAAAGCCAUAGCGGAGAAGGUCAAAGAUGGCACUAUGGAACCAGAAGACAUAAACGAGAGCUUGAUAGAGCAAGAACUUGAAACGAAUUGCACAGAGUUCCCAAACCCAGACCUGAUGAUUCGAACGAGUGGAGAACUAAGAGUGAGCAACUUCUUGUUGUGGCAACUGGCUUACGCAGAACUGUUCUUUGAUCCGUCUUUAUGGCCUGAUUUUGGAAAGGAGCAGUUUGUGGAAGCUUUGGCUUCCUUUCAACAAAGGCAGAGACGCUUUGGUGGGCGCACUUCAUAGUACUUCAUGAUACUCAGUUAUAAGACGAUGUUAACCAAAUCAGGAAUUAAGAAAUCUUAGUUAAGUAAUUAAACUUGUUUUAAAUCUGUCCUUGUUAUUUUAAUUGAAUCUCUUAGUUUAUGUAAAAUUAAUGGCUCGAGAGGGAAUAAUAAAAUUAUUAUGAAUAAUCCAAGGAUAA